AUGGCACCCUCAGCGUCCCCCGCGCCCAAGAAGUCCAAAGCUCCACCCAAAACAAUCGCAGACUUCACCGUCCUCCCCCUCACACUACCCACCCUCUCCGGCCUACCAGCUACCUCAAACUCCGCAAAACACUAUGUGUACAUCAAACCGCACUCGCCCAGCCUUCCCACCGCAGACGAUGAGCGCAGUCUCUUCAUCGCAAACAUACCCAUAGAUGCCGACGAGCGCAGCAUACGCGCGCUAUUCCAAGGACAAUUAGGCGGCAGCAUGGUCGAACGCGUGGAAUUUGACGCGAGUGUUCCUGCGCAACCAAUGCAUAAGCGGUGGAGGAAUACUGAGAAAUCUGCAACUGCGAACGAAGACGAUGUCGCUGGAGGUGACAAGAGGGGGAAGAAGAGAAAGAGGAUGGACGACGCGGCUGUGAUUGCAGAGGGUGUUGUGGAAGACGCCGAGAGUGCACUACCGCGAUUAUGGAAUACUGAGGUGAGGAAGAGUGGGAGUGGCGCCGUCGUGGUUUUUGUGGACAAGAAGAGUGCGAGGGGAGCGCUCAAGGAGGUGGCGAGAGCUGUUAAAGAGGGCAAGAGUAUUGCGUGGAAAGGAGGUGAAGGGUUGGGCGUCGAGCGCUACAAAUCACACAACACACUCCUCUACCCCACCCCUUCCGUACUACAAGCCUCCCUCAACGCAUACCUCACACAGUUCAACGCCCUAGAAACAUCCAGGAAUCGCCUCCGCAAAACAUCCCGCUCUGUUCCUGACGAAGAUGGCUUCAUGACGGUUACGCGAGGCGGACGUGUCGGGCCUGCGAGGAUCGAAGACGCAGAGAAGAAGAAAGCAGAGUUGGAUGAGAGGAAGAGGAAUCAUAGGGCCACCGAUGACUUCUAUCGCUUCCAGAAUCGGGAGCGCAGGAAGGAGGCUGAGGGUGCAUUGAAGAGGAAGUUUGAGGAGGAUAGGAGGAGAGUGGAGAGCAUGAGGGAGAGGAGGGGGAGGGUCAGGCCGGAGGCUUGA